CGUCUUUUCAAAUUCGCGUAUCCAUUGCUCCCUCGUCAUCAGAACGCGCAGCACCAGCAUCAGCAUCCUUUUUAUUAGACCAUUCAGUUACCAGGAGUCCUUCGUUGCGAGGAAGAUGUCGACCAACCAGUACAACCAGAGCUACGACGCCACUGCUCAGAAGACUGAGCAAGCGAAGGACGCCACAGCUAACACCUUCGACCGCACAAAGCAGUCUGCAGCUGAGGCAGCGGACAAGACCAAGAACUUCGGAGCUGAGAAGACCGAGCAAGCGAAGCAGAUCGGAGCUGAGAAGACCGAGCAGGCACAGAACACCGCCUCUAAUGUGGCUGGAACGGUUCAGGAGAAGUCACAGAAUGUCUGGGAUCAGACGAAGCAAACUGCUGCCGAUGCCAACCAGUACGUUCAAGAGAAGGCCGGUCAAGCUUCGCAGUACGCCGCUGAUUGCUGGGAGGCUACCAAGCAAACUGCUGCAGACACCACCACUGCCACGCAAAACAAGGCUGUAGAUGCCAAGAAUUUCACAGUCGACAAGGCCGUGCAAGGCAAGGAUUACACAGUCGACAAGGCCUCACAGGCUGGACAGUACACAUCUGAUACCGCGGUCUCAGCGAAAAAUACCACUGCGAGCUACUUGCAGCAGGGAGUGGAUGCAGUGAAAGGAGCUGUGUUGGGAACCAAGGAUGCUCUCAUGGGUGAGACUGGAGCCAACAAGCCUGGUCCUAAGUGAAAAUGUCACAAUAGGAAUUUUCUUUAGAUUCAAAAAUUUAUUCUCGUACGGUGUAUAUGUAGAUGCAGUACAUUUGAAAAUAUAGAGUACGUGCCACAUUCGGGAGGAUGAUUUACAGAACACACUCUACGGAGUUUCUAUCCCUUUACCUCUAUUGUACAGGAUCUUUGGUGUUAUAAAGGGACAUUUGAUUGUCG